ACCAGACCUACAGAGCGGGGAAGGGUGUUAUAGUCAAUAAAAAAGAACAGGCCGAAGACAUUCAUUGGCGUUGGGCCGGCAACCCCGGGAUUAAGCCCAAGUCAGUCCAAACUACUUGGACGUGUUUUACCACUUCUGCAUAAACCUCUGGCCUUUCCUCCAUAAAACCUCUCUCCGAUUUCAUCGUCCCCUCAAACUCUAACCCCAUUUCCUUUGCUUUCUUCGCUCUUCUCCUUUUGUCUAAUUCCCAUCUCUCUCCCUCUCAUGGCUUUGUCUUCCUAGGGUUUUCAUUUCAUUACAGACCUUUCAAUUUUAGCUCAGACUGUUUUUCUAGCUCCACCACUUUUUUUGAGGCCGGAAUUCGGAAAUGGAUCCCUCUAAAAAUGGAGCCGAAAUUAACCUAGGUGAGGUUACAAUCACCACAGCCGCCGGAAAACUAAACGAGUUACCGGAGAACGGGAAAACAAAGAGUAAUGUUAGUGCUGAGAAUGGAGAAGAAGCGUACCUCGAGAACGGCGACGGAGACGGCGUUGUUGCGGCUCCAACGGCUUCGGCGGAAGAGACGGAGCACGUGACAUUAGCCGUUACGCCCGAAGCAGAGGAGGCAGGGGCGGUGCUCCAACCGCAUGCACAGCUCCCGAAGCCCGAGGCGCCACGUGGCAUUCACGACUCGCCUCCACCUUCUCCUCUCUCCCACCAAACCGACGACGCUUCGGAGAACAAGAAUUUCGGCGCGGCGAUGCCGGCGAUAGGGAAGCUAAUCCGGGAGAGAAGCAACAGUUUCUCGUCAGCGUUCUUGAAGAAGCUGUCGUCGCUCAAGGAGAGCAAUUUCGCCGACGAGAUUCUGAAGCCGAGCGUGACGGAGUUCCAUCUCUCUGGCCUCAAAGUGACGGUGAAGCUCAAGAGAGAGACGGCGGCGGAGCAGCAGCAAACGCUGGAGGCGGCUCUCAAAGGCCGGAUCAGCUUCUUCUCCAGGUCGAAUUGCCGGGACUGCAGCGCCGUCCGGAGCUUCUUGAAAGAGAAAGGACUGAGAUUCGUGGAGAUCAACGUCGACGUGUACCCUCAGCGGGAGAAGGAGCUGAUCGAGAGGACCGGCACGUCAUCAGUGCCUCAGAUUUUCUUCAACGAGAAGCUCUUCGGCGGUUUGGUGGCUCUGAAUUCGCUGAGGAACAGCGGCGAGUUUGACCAGAGGUUGAAGGAGAAGAUCGGGUCGAAAUGCCCCGACGACGCGCCCGCUCAGCCUGUUUACGGGUUUGAUGAUCUCGAGGAGGAGGAGCUGACGGAUCAGAUGGUAGAGAUCGUGAGGCUGCUGAGGCUGAGGCUGCCAAUUCAGGACCGUCUGAUGAAGAUGAAGAUCGUGAAGAACUGCUUCGCCGGCAAAGAGAUGGUGGAGGUCCUCAUUCACCAGUUGGACUGCGGCCGUAAACAGGCGGUUGAGAUUGGAAGGCAACUGGCUAAGAGGCACUUCAUUCAUCACGUUUUUGGGGAAAAUGAGUUUGAAGAUGGAAACCAUUUUUAUCGAUUCCUUGAGCAUGAACCGUUUAUCCCCAAGUCCUACAACUUCCGAGGAUCCACAAAUGAUUGUGAGCCCAAGUCUGCAGCUAAAGUUGGCCAAAGGCUCACCAAGAUCAUGUCUGCCAUUCUCGAGUCCUAUGCUUCUGAUGACAGGCGCCUACUUGAUUACAUUGGCAUAAGCAACAGUGAGGAGUUCCGAAGGUACAUAAAUUUGGUUCAAGAGCUUCACCGAGUAAACCUUUUCGAACUUACACCAAAUGAGAGGCUAUCCUUCUUCUUGAACCUGUACAAUGCCAUGGUAAUACAUGCAGUUAUCAGGGUAGGGCGUCCACAAGGUCUGAUCGAAAGGAGAUCUUUUUACAAUGACUUCCAGUAUAUAGUUGGAGGUUAUUCUUAUUCCCUUAGUACCAUCGAAAAUGGAAUCCUUAGAAUCAACCGGAGACCUCCUUAUUCCCUAGUGAAGCCAUUUCGCUCUGGAGACAGCCGCAUAGAGCUGGCUUGUGCUAAAGUGAAUCCAAUAGUCCACUUCGGACUCUGCAACGGGACAAGAUCAAGCCCAAUAGUAAGGUUCUUCUCACCCCAAGUUAUCGAAGCUGAAUUAAGAUGUGCAGCAAGAGAGUUCUUCAAGAGUGGUGGAAUGGAGGUGAACUUGGAGAAGAGGACUGUGUAUCUCACCCAAAUCAUCAAAUGGUUUGAUAAUGAUUUUGGACAAGACAAAGAGAUUCUAAAGUGGAUCCUCAAUUACUUGGAUCCAACUAGGGCUGGUCUUUUGACACAUCUGUUGGGUGAUGGGGGGCCUAUACAUGUAUCUUACCAGAACUAUGAUUGGUCCAUGAACUCUUGAUUCUCGCCUGACGACCCCAUAUGGUGCCAUAAUCGAUCAUGCUCAAACCGAGUGAUAGUAUUGUUUUGGCAAAGGAAGUGAUGAUGCAUAUAAUACCUCAAAUUUUUAAUACAGAAAAAGAUAUAGAGGCUUGGUGAUUU